UUCUGGCCAAAAGCGUCUCUAUGGAAACAUUGGGUGCCGUGACGUCUAUGGACGCAUUGGGGGUAGAUGCGUCCAUGGACAACUCGGCCGCUGCGUUUGGCGCAGUGCAGAUAGAUGGUCGGAGAAAGGGUCGACCCGUCCACGGUAUGUUCCUGAUCUAGAGCAGGCCCCACAUUGUGUUCCAAGACGAAAGGACUGGAGGAUGGGAGGACCAGCGGGGCCGUCCCCCAUUGGGCCAUAGUCGGAAGCUCAGGACCAAGAUGGAGUUCAUGCCUGCGCAGUUGUUUUCGCGGGACCUGGACACGGGGCAGGUGCGAGGUGGAUUGAGUUCAACAAGGGCGACAAGGCGCCGCGGCGGCCGCGGGGGCGCGCGCUUCGCGGCGGCGUCGGGCGGCUUCCGCUGGCGCGCUGGAGCGGGCCGCCUGGUGGAAGAGGACGACGCGGAAAAGGGAGCGCGCACCAGCCGCAGGACCGACGAGGGCAGCGGCCCGAGGCCUCCAAGAUCGAGGCGGCGAGGCGGCGGGAAGACGAGCGCGGAGGAGGCCUCGUGGAGCUCUGCAGCGACGGUUUCGGGCGUCUCGCGGACAAAUGGUGCGGAGCGCGCCGCCCUCGCCGCCCGCCGCGGGCGGAGCCCGCCGCCUCGCUGGCCGCUGGGCCAGCGAGCACCCCGGCGUGGGUGCGGGCAGUAGUUCUGCACGAGCGAGAUGG